CUCAGUCACUGUCUAGAAUCCAUGAGGUCACAUAACGACAAUGUUCUGAAGCAAGAAGAGAUGAAGCUUAAAAGAAACCUUGCAAAACUAACAGAUCUGUCAAAUGUUUCAAAGUCCGGACUUUACAGAACUAUUUAUAAGAAACCAAGCAGUUUUGUUCUUGUUGAAAACCAACAAAAAGAUACAAGGCAGGACAUGGUGAAAGCUCCAGAUGUACCACCUGCUGCAUUGUCUUCUAAUCUCCUGCCCAAAAUGCAAAGCCUUCUUCAUCAACCUGUUUGGCGUUUAAGCAGCGCAGAUAAGAGGAAUACUCACAAUUGUGCAGCUUUCAAUGGUGUGGAUGUCACUGUGAACACUCCAAGACCUCCUUCAAGUCUAAGAAAAACCAUCUUGCUCAAGAGUUUAGAUCUACAUAAUAGAGAAAGUACUUUGAGAUGGUUAGGGCAGGAACUUAGCCAUAUGUCCUCGCCAGAACUUGAUGUCCUGCUUCCACCACAACAUAAAUUAUCUGGAUAUAAGUUUCAAUAUAACUCUGCGUCUACUGAUUCAACAUUGGAGAGGAGACUAGGAGAUCAAUUUUUCAAAGCUUGGAAAGACAAGUGUAAAAGAUCCUUAAGUUCUUAUAUACCACCGGACGAUGUGUUAAGAUGCAGAUACCUUCGACUGUCAGAAAACAACAUCGCUUCAUUGUUACAGAAGUGCAAAGAGUCAGGGAUUCAUGUUGACAUCCACCCACAUAUGAAGGAGUCGGACAUUGACAUUAGUACUGUAAUGUCAUCUGAAAGCAGUAAUACAGUGUCCUUGUAGUCAAUGCCCUUGACACCCGUCCUUUUCUGUGCAGGAACACGAUAUAAACUCAUAAUAACAGGGGACCAAUAAGUUAA